GCUAUUUUUACGGCUUCAGAUUGGGAUAAGAUAUGAACAAAGAUAAAACAUAGUAAAACCAUGAUGAAAUCUGUUUUGCAAAUGGUUGUUUGAAUUUCUGGAAAAAUGGAAAAAUCAAUUUUCUUUCAAGAAAAUGCUCUAAUGCCUACCUGUGGUAUUUGCACCUGAAUGAACAUUGUGGGAAAAAACUUGUGAGAAAACAGAAAACUGUAGAAUUUUGCUGGAGAGAAUAUAGUUUGGCUUACAGCCUACAGAUGGUAACCCAAAACGGAAGUUUCACUUACAGAACUCAUUGGGAUUCUCUGUGAACGGAAACCUGUGUAAAUCAUACCAGUACAGGCAGCCAGCGACGAUGAUAAUAAGACAACGCUGCUCGUAAUUACUUGUGCUUCUGGCUUUUCGUUGGCUGGUUGUUGUUGUGGGACCAUGUUAAAAUUUGCCAGUAAAAAGCCGCCGAUAUAUAAACACUCUGAAGGUAGUAAUGGUAACCCGGCAACCAGUGGGAAUCAGGAAGAGGCUCGUUACUAUGGGGAUGAAGGUGGAAAUAUUCGUCUGGGUGGAGACUACACGAGAUUUGACCCCGUGAAUGGGGAUGACAUGCUGGAUUAUGACAACGCUUACGUAGAUUACGCAAAAUCUACUCAAAAUGUGAGUUUUCCAAAGUUUGGAUACCAAGGUGAUCAGGAAAGGUCAAGGCAAAGUCAAGGUCGUGGAAAUUUAAACUGGAAGUCACAAAAUGUGGGAAGGUUUGAUGGAAGGUUUGGUGUAGAGAAGGAUUAUGAUAUUGGGCCUAGUGUGCAAGAAAAGCAGGUUGGAUUGCAAAGGAAUGGUAAUCAGUAUCCAGGUCAAAGGUCAGUGUCUGGAAAUGUAGGGCAAAGGUCGCAAAUAAAUCCAGGGUAUUCAGACAAAACUUUUGAAAAUACAAGAGGAGUGGAUUAUAAUGAUUUUAACAGGUUUGGGUUACACAGUGAUGAUUCUCAUUCAAGAGGCAGUGAGCUAAGUGAUCUAACUUUGAGUGAAUACUCAGACAGAUCUAAACAUGAAUACUCAGACAGAUCUAAACACGAAUACUCAGACAAAUCCAGACAAAAACCUCUGCAGGAUACUGACUACAGUGGCAGGCAUCAACCGCAUAAGUAUUCUGCAGCGCUUCGUGAACAACCAUUUCCGGUGCCCUUCCUUUCAGACAACAAUGCCACCCGCUUAUUGAGUCCUAGUCAGGAGUCUCACAGCAUGUCUCUCGAGUCUCUAACGGGAAGCGCUGGAGACCGCGACUCGAGAAGCACCAUCGAGUUACUUGAUUAUGACAUUUUACAAGAUUUACCCUCUCCAUGCCAGAAAGGCUUUGAGUUGAAACCGCCAGUGCCUCAUCGACAUAGGCAUGUACAUGUGGGUCGAGGCACACACGGAAUCUGUGAGGGAUCGUCAGCAACCCCUAGGCCUGGGUCAUCUGACAGUCACAUGACCUCGUGUUCUAGUCACAUGACCUCUUCAUUGCGGAAAAGCCCGUCUGGAGUGAAAAGUGGCCACCAUGUACGGUGGGACCCGGGUGUGGUAAUCAGCGAACACAAACAGGUGCUUAUUCCUAUCAGUGAAUUGCAAGCAGAGGCCAAAGCAAUGAAAAAGGAUAAAAAGAAAAUGUCUUUGAGGAGUUUACUGAAUUUACCCAAAUUUCCAUUGAGUGAUGAUGAAUCUGUUGACAGAGUGGCUAAAAUGGAGACUAAUAGCGGAAAGGGUGAUGGAAAUGAUAAUCGCGGUGCUUUCAGAAAAUUUCUGGACAGCAAAGGAGGGCUUAGGCGGAAACCUGUUGGACAGGAGUCAGUGCCUGCAACUAAAAGUGAUCUGGUGUCCCUAAGAUACAAACAAGACCAUCAGACUGGCGAAAGCUCUGGACAUUUGAAGGAAUUUACUAGCCCUAAAAAGGCAGAUCUGACAAAAUUAAAUAUCACUCAAGCGAAUCUGGGAGGGCUGACUUCUGGGAGCUUUGAAAGAAAUGUUUCUGUCCCAGACUAUGAUCAACUUCAGCACACAGACGCAAUAAAUUAUCCAUUAGUGCAUUCUGGGAUAGGCAGGUCUAUUUUUAGCCCAAAAGGUCAGUCAGGUUUCAGCCCUUACUCUAAGCCUGCUGCGACAUUUAAAAGCCCAGUUAAGUCUGUAAGGCCUUAUAUAAUUAAUGGACAAGCUAAUGACAAUCAAGAUGACUAUGACAAUUUUGGUGAAGGUGAAAUGCGGCCACAAAACCGUGCUCUGAUAAGAAGAAGCUUGCAAGAUACAGACAGGUCUAAUGUAUUACAUCAGGGUAAAGUUUCAUACAAAACUUUAAAUGAGAAAAUGACACCAGUACACUUAUCUACAAAAAAUACUUCCUCACCAGCUUCUGUGGUUUCAUUUGACACAUAUGUGACAAUUGGUCGCCCCACCGAAUCCAGUGUCACUUUUGAUACAUUUGUAACUCUGGGCCGACCAUACGCCACUAGCACCCCUGUCCCAAAUGGUAGUCGAGGAUUUAAUCAGUAUUCUCAGUAUUUAAACAAAGAUUUACGGACAGUGGGUCAGAGACAAGCCCUUGUGCAUUCUGCUCAGGGUCAAUCAAGUGUUCAUAAUGUGACCAGUGGAAAUCCAAGCUCUUCAGUGACACAGAGUUGGAAUUACUCAUCCAGCGGUCAACCACCAGUGUUUGCAUCUACGUCAUUGGGUACAGUCAUGGCGACAGGCGCCGGGGAACUCUUGAUGCAAGCACCUGUGAAUCUCGGUCAGUGGGCAGGUCAUGUGACUGACCAUGUGACCAGCCCAACCAAUCGCUACAACCCAUAUGUGGACGUCCUACCUUGGUACAAACCCCAGACUUCAGGCCCAUAUGAAAUGGAGAAUCGAGAAUACGGGAAACUGAACUUGUCCCCAACUACGUUUCUAAUGGAAACACCUGGAGCCGAACACUGGGGAUCUAGUCAAAAGCCAUUAUAUACUCAAGGUGAAGGUCAAAGUCUAAGCAUGGGUGCUAGGAAUGCCCUUUCUGAAUUAAUUACUCAAGGUGAAGGUCAAAUCAUUGAUGCAAGGAAUACCCGUUCUGAAAUAAAAACUCAAAAUUUGGAAAAAGGAAAUAAACAAUCUGUGGCAGUGUCAUCAGCAGCAUCAGCACACAAGUUAUCAGACUUACGGAAGCAUGUUGUGAGACAGGGAUCCCCUGACUAUGAUGAUGAUGUGUUCUAUAACAUUGGUAACCAUGGUAACACGUCCUCACAAACAGACACUCUUGGAAUAACUGCAAAGCGCAGACUCGAGUUUGAGGGAAACACCGCCAUUAACAAGCCUGUUGUGACGUCCUGUGUUCCACAGCUCAACCAUGAACUGAACCAUGACGACACCCUGAAUCACAGCUUCUCUGGUUACCCAAAAGUUCAAGCAGUGCCUGGUAUAAGCCAGGCAAGGUCCCCCAGCACCAUGACGACCAACAUGAACAAUGUUAGUGGAAGGGACCACAUGGAUGGAGAGAACAGCUGCAUCCUUGACCUGGUCUACAUCACAGAGAGGAUCAUAUCAAUGUCAUUCGCAUCGGAAGAGCAAGAGAACACGUACAAAUAUAAUUUAAAGGAGGUAUCGCGGAUGCUGAAAACUAAACAUGGGGAAAAUUACUUGGUCAUCAACAUCUCUGAGAAGAAGCCUGAGCUGUCUAAGCACUGCCCGAAGGUCGUCGACUACGGUUGGCCUGACAACCUGGCCCCUCCCCUGGAGAGACUCUGUAGUAUCUGCAAGGCCAUUGACCAAUGGAUGGGCUCAGACGUGAACCAUGUGGUCGUUGUGCACUGCAAGGGUGGGCGGGGGAGGAUUGCGGUCAUCAUUGCCGCGUACAUGAGAUAUAGUAACAUUUGUGCAAGUGCUGACCAGGCUCUCGACAGGUUUGCCAUGAAGCGUUUCUAUGACGACAAAUUGGGGGGACUACCUCAGCCUUCCCAGAGACGGUACGUUCACUACUUUGCUGGCCUUCUCUCCGGUGCAAUCCAGAUCAACAGCAGUGCCCUCUACCUUCACCACAUCCUGAUCCACGGGGUGCCAAACUUUGAUGAACGCGGGGGAUGUCGGCCCUUCAUCAAGGUCUACCAAGGAAUGCAUCCAAUAUUCACCUCAGGCGUCUACAAUGUAACUGACAACAUGCAGAAAGUUUGUAUCUCCAUAUCGCCGGGAAUUCCCCUGCGCGGCGACAUCCUCAUUAAGUGCUACCACAAGAAGAACAACGCCGGUCAAAGGGAGAUAAUAUGGGGAUGCCAGUUUCACACUUGUGCCAUCUCCCACAAUUCCCUGGUCUUCAGCAAAAACGAACUUGAUUACGCGAUAAAUGAUGCGCGUUUCCCAGACCCAGGCAAAGUAGAGUUUGUUUUUGGAAACAAUUCAGAAGGCUUAGUACAAGUGGCGGACUUCAAGUCAGACGUCACUGUUCCUGUUGACGACUCCACUGAGGCUCUCACACGAUGGGACUCCUACGAGAACUUUGGGAAGGCCGACGGCAAACUCACAGAUGUGAAUGCCAAUGGCCUGCAAAGUUCUCAACACGGGGUCGACAGUUUUCGAGUAACGCCACUGGACCAUUCACAGGGUCCAGUGGACGGGAGUCUAUACGCGCAGGUCAACAAAAGGUCACUGGAUUCGCAGAUUAUAACCAACGGGACUACUAGGCUGGCGAAUGGCGGCUCGUACACUUCCAGUCUAGAUUCCGGUAUUUCCACGUUCUCUGUACCAGUAGGCACAAGUUCAACACAGAAGCAGACGAGCACUGAAAACUGGUCGUACAACACGCGAGAACGGGAAAUGAUGAACCACCAACCGGUAUCGUCCUACUCGAGCAUGAGUAAAUCUUACUCUUCGACGAGUCCGAGGUCGGGAAAAGUCUCACUCGACGAGCAGACACAACUUGAUCAGAUUCUGAGUGACCUGUUGAGUGAUCAGGCGUACGUAAGCCAAAAGUCGUCCCCAGGUACGAGGAGCUUUAAGACAGUAGAGGAACACACCAGUCCAGAGGGGAACAUUGUUGUUCAGCGCGGGGAUGUAACAUAUAAAAUACCCGAAGUGCGCAGCGAGAAACACUACUCAGUGAAAACUGAAACUAGGACAGUUUCGGACGAUAAAUACAAGCCAGUUAACGCAUUUACCUAUACGCCUGCAUCACCGGAAAUGUCAAGGUCAUUUGAUGGCGUUCGGAGCCCGACUGCCUCAAAAUCUCCAUACAAAGUGGAUUAUGAAAAUAACUUUAAGAAGGAAUCCUCGUACAACUACCAGGCCAAUGGGCCGUCGUCCCUCAGCGAUGGCGAACACUCCUUGUCAUGGCUACAGCAGCAACAGGCAAAGUUAAGGGAAAAAAGUCUUGAGCGAGAUCCCAAUAGACAUAGAAACGAGCAAAUGCUUAUCGAGGAACUGAAAAAAUCUCAGACUCAGAAUAAAUAUUUUCAGAACAAAUCUCAAACGGAGGAUGUUGAAUCGGUGUCGUCGAAAGUGUCCUCAUCUGCGCUGCAGAACGGCCCUACUAGCCCCUACAGCUACACAGUUUCUCGUACCCACACAUACAAUAAUGAUAAAUCACCGACGGAAGUCUCUCAAUUUCGUCCACACGACACUCUGCCGAUGGCUCACUCUCACACGACAUACAUUACCGAGCAGACGACAUCGACCACGUCCAAAGUGUCGAACAAACCCCCGCCCUCCCCUAACCUCCAGAGGGCUGUAGCUCCCACAAUGCACUCCCCGCCCCCUGUCCCGCCCCCGCAGCGAACCAGCAGUCGAGAUUACAUGCAGCAGCAACAGCAGCAGCAGCAGCAACAACAACAGACCCGAGGUCGUGCCUACAGCGGUGGUGCUUACCAACAACAACAGACAAGCUCCUGGAAGUCUGAGACUCAUGCACAGCCCAGGGUCAUUCAAAGGCAUAACUCUGAGUCAGCCUAUGAUCGUGAUCACUUCGAGCGUCAGCAGACGACGCGCCAGUUCUCGACCCCGCCGAUAUCGCCGCGCUCGGUUUCCCCCCAUACAGUUCAGUCCUACAAGACUGUGUAUAAGACUGUGCAUCACAAGGAAGACGAGCCGGAUUUUUCGCCGCCUCAGCCGAUGGAGGUGAAGAUCGAACGACAGUCUCAGAAGGAGCAGCACACGGUAUAUCAGCCCCCACCGCCCACACAGCCCGUAGACAAGCCCCACUACAUCACUGAGGUCAUAGUGCAGAGAACUGGAGGGGCAGACUCAAAGAACAGCACGCUGAGUCGCCAUGCGGACAUCGAUCGCCAUGACAACGCUGACGACCGUCUUGAGGCCCUAGAGCGUUCCUUGCAGGCGGCGUCUAGCUCCAUCAUCGCUUCCCAGCCCUGGCAACAACAACAGCAGCAGCAGCAACAACAACUACAACAGCAGAAUGUGAUACGGCAGGAGGUGCGGCAGUUCGAGACUCGAACAUACGAGACAAAGACCGAGCAGAGACAUGAACAGUCGAGACACGAACAGAAGACUGUGAGUAGCGGAGGGUAUCCCCGCAGCAUGUCCCCCACCUGGGAUAACUUCCCAGAAGAGCAUGCCCAACAGAGCCUUGCUGAGCAGCCCAAGAAGAUCGAGGUCACAGAGGUCGACCGUAUCUCUCUGAAGCCGAUUGGCCCAGGCAUCCAACAGCUCGAGCCUGAGGGCUCCUAUGCACUCAACUAGCACCCUGGGACGAGACAGCACCCUUGGGCGAGCCACCACGCCCAGUUUUCCCAUCAGUCCUCAGAGUUCUGCAGAGCAAAUAAUUCAAGCAGUGCAUGAGAAAGUGCGCCGAAUGUCGCUUGGAUCUACCCAGUCACUGAAUAGUGUUGGUUGUGUUGCGACCCCUCCCUUCCCUUUGACGCCAAGGACACCUUAUACCAACGCAUCAGUGAAAUCAUCAAACGCCCCCAGCUAUCAACGCCUGCCCCAGACCUUUUCCUACGGGUCUUCUGGCCUUGCCCAAGGUCAAGGUCAUAUAGGACUCCACAACUUACGGCCAAUCUGUGUCUGGCUUGUACGGAGCCCCUGGCAUUUACAACUCACAGCAGUCUCUGAACAGUGUUUUCGAACACGAGGAACCGAGAAAUUACAAUUCGAUAGUUUCUCGUCAGCUUAUGCGUAGUGUGAAUGACCCAACGUAUGCUUCGAUAAAUGACACAGAUGUGAGGGAUGUUAAAGGAGGAAGCCAUGUGAUCAGCCCGACUGGUACCCUGCAGUCAGAAAGGAUGCAAUAUCAGACCCAGCAGUAUCAGCAGAACCAGCAAUACCAGACUGGGAACCAGCAAUACCAGACUGGCACACUGCAUCACAGCUCUCAGCAGAUUAUAACUCCUGGGUACCAGACAGGCACCUUGCCUCUCCAGCCAAGCUUU